ACACUUUAUAGCACGUUGGGUUGAAUUCUCACUGCUACUGCCGUUAUUUGCCUUUCUGACCAUCCUUCUCGAAUCUGAUCAAUUUGUGGAGCAUAUUUGGACCUCCUUAGCUCGUCGCCGUGGGGAGCCCGUCGUCUACUCACUUCUUCAGCUCCACAGUCCUCAUCGACACAUAACCCCCCCCCCGGAUAUCCAGUGUAUCGGUCCCCAAAUAAUAUAAACUAUGGCAAGAGCGGAUCUUAUUCAGAGGGCCAAGCUGGCGGAGCAGGCUGAGCGUUACGACGACAUGGCGGAGAGCAUGAAGGAGGUCACGGAGAAGGGAGAGGAGCUGACAAACGAGGAGAGGAACCUGCUGUCCGUCGCCUACAAAAACGUGGUUGGGGCGAGGCGCUCCGCAUGGAGGGUGUUGUCCAGCAUCGGGGUGAAGGCCGAGGGGUGCGAUACGAAGCAGAAGAUGGUGACUGAGUAUCGGGAGAAGGUGGAGCAGGAGCUCCAGGAUAUCUGCGGCAACGUCCUGAAACUGCUGGAGAAUCAUUUGAUUCCAGGAUCCACAACUUCUGAGAGCAAAGUCUUCUACCUAAAGAUGAAGGGGGACUACUUUAGAUACCUUGCUGAAGUUGCCAAUGUAGAUAAUAAAUCUGCCACCAUUGCAAGCUCACAGAGUGCAUACCAGGAAGCAUUUGAAAUCAGCAAGACUGAUAUGGACUCCACACAUCCCAUCCGCUUGGGCUUGGCGCUUAACUUCUCUGUCUUCUACUACGAGAUCCUUAACUCCCCACCAAAAGCCUGUGAAUUGGCUAAAGGGGCAUUCGAUGAUGCCAUUGCAGAGCUUGACCAGCUAAAUGAGGAGUCCUACAAAGACAGCACUCUUAUCAUGCAGCUCCUCAGAGACAACCUGACAUUAUGGACAUCAGACACCACUGCUGAGGAGGGCGAGGGUGGAGACGGAGGAGAGCAAGGCGAGAAUGAGAACUAAAAAAACAAAAACAAAAAAAAAAACAAGUCCUCAAUGUUGGGGUCCUCUCCAAAAACAACAAAAGGAAGAAAAAAAAACUUUUUACACAUCCUUCAUUCCUUAUUGCUCCACUCAAACAUUCUACCAAUGAAACCCAUUGCUGAAAAGAGUCAUGUAAGAAAAUAAUAAUAAUUAAGAAAAAAUAAAUUCUUUUCACAAUGUUUAUUUGGACAACUGUAGAAAAAAAGAAACCCUCUAUUCGUUUGGUUUAGGUUUGUCCUGGCCUUCCCAUUUGUGCAGUUUCAGCUGUAGAAAAGUGAUCGAUAGCUUGACAUGGUAUCAGACCUCCAACUCAAUUUAGACACGAGGAAACGUGAGUCACAACGUUGGACAACUGUUAUCUCAAAUCCCACCUAUUGAAACAGUUUGGCUAAUUUUCCAACAAUUAUAAAAAGUAGUUUCCCCCAUAUGUUUUUUUGAGUGCAUCUGUCUACACAGUUACGUGGUACGGUUACAGCAGCUUAAGUCCAACUUCAAACAGAUGAAAUUUUCAUACUGCAGGGAAAGCUUGUGCACUUUACAUGCUGGCAACAAAUACUAUAAUACAGCCAAGUAGUGCCAAUUGGUUUAACCCUCACUUUCUGCCCUGGUUAUGAUGCCACUCUUUCACUGAAGCAUGCCUGUUAUUUGGGGGGUGGGGAUGGUGGGGCUUGUCUGACCAAAUGCAGGGACCUUUUCAAUGGGAAGAAGACAAUUCUGUCAUGCAUGUCUCUUGAGAUAUUACACUGGAAUGGGAACAAAUGCUGUAACACACACAAGUCCAAGUGUCGAGUUUAGUGAUUUUAAAUGCAGGUUUGUACACAUCCUACAAGUGGGGGUGAUUUGUUAGUCUGUCCAGUGAUUGUCAUUAGAGAUUUGGACCACUAUUGUUUUGCUAUUCAUUCAAUUGUUGUCCCCGAAAGCCUUGUGGAACUGUUUGAAUCCCUAUGUAUCAGCUAUGUUAACAUGAAUAAAACAUUUUAUAAACCAAG